GCGAUAUUAAUCGAACCUCCUCACUGGCCCGAUGAGAGCCAGCUCAAAGUGCCACGACUCCAUUUAAAGGAAGAGGAUUCCCAGACGAACUGUCUGAGAGAUAAUUUGGGGAAAUAGCUGCAUAUUUUACUUCAGAUUGAAAGAAAUUCAACGACAAAAUCCGUGCUUCUUCAACCGCCCCCAGAAGCGGUCUACAGUAGCUACGUCAGCAGAUAUAUAAAAAAAAUAAGGACAGCUAACCCGUCAUAGUGGUCAUCAUGGAUCUGUAUGACCCUCAGACGCUAGGCAUAAUGGUAUUUGGAGGCUUCAUGUUCAUCUCAGCCCUUGGCAUCGUCCUGGUCUCCACCUUCUCCAUGAAGGAGACCUCGUAUGAGGAGGCUCUGGCCCAGCAGCGUAGAGAGCUGGGCAAGAUGGCACCUCCCAGCCAACUGACCAAGAAGGACAAGAAGAAGGACAAGAUAUCUGAGAAGAAGAACCGUGGUAAGAAGAAAGAUGACAAGCCCAAUGGGAAGCUGCCGGAAUCGGAACCAGAGGAGUUCCCAGUGGCCGUACCUGAACAAACCCCAGCCCCAGAAAGAGUCACUGCUCCUGCCCCAGCCCCAGAAAGAGUCACUGCUCCUGCCCCAGCCCCAGAAAGAGUCACUGCUCCUGCCCCAGCCCCAGAAAAAGUCACUGCUCCUGCCCCAGCCCUUGAACCAACCACUCACCCUGCUCCAGUUCCCACUGCUGUAGAGGCCCCACCUGCCCCUGCACCAAAGGAGAAGAAGAAGAAGGAGAAGAAGGUGGCUAAGGUAGAGCCAGCUCAGGCGACCACCACCCCCAUUGCCCCCUCCAAGCCUGCACCAGUCCUGGAGGCUGUCACCAAGGAGGUCCCUGUGAUGGCAGUGCCCCCAGUGGGCUCCCAGCCGACUGCAGCCAAGGCUCAGGAGGCCAGGGCUCAGGAGGCCAGGGCUCAGGAGGCCAGGGCUCAGGAGGCCAGGGCUCAGGAGGCCAGGGCUCAGGAGGCCAGGGCUCAGGAGGCCCAGAACCCUUCUAAGAAGAAGGCAUCUUCCAAGAAAAAAACUGAGUCUGCCAUACCAGUGGACUCUGGUCUGGAUUCCCCCCUGUACCUGCCCUACAGGGCCCUGGUCUCUACCGUUAGCAGUAUGGUGAUCAGUCAGGGAGAGGCCCAGCGCCUCAUAGAGAUCCUGUCUGACAAGGCUGGCAUCAGACAAGACACCUGGCAGAUGGCUACUCAGAAGGGCGACCCGGUGGCUGUGAUGAAGAAACAGUUAGAGGAGAAUCAGAAACAGCUGGCAACUCAGCAAGAGGACGCCACCGCAGCCAAGAACAGACUGAGGGAACUCACCAAGGAGCUGUCUGCUGAGAAGUCCAAGGUGGCCAGUGUGGAAACCAGGCUGAGUUCCCAGCUCUCGUCCAGGGAGCAAGAGAUGAUCGCUCUGCAGGCUCGGAUGCAGGCCUCCUACCAGGACCACGUAGCACAGACACAGAAACUCACCGCUAAGGUCAUCAGUCUUCAGGAGCAGUUGGAGUCAGGUCCCACUGCCCAGCUGGCUUGUCUGCAGCAAGAGAACUCCAUCCUCAGAGAUGCCUUGAACCAGGCCACCAGCCAGGCAGAGAGCAAACAGAAUGCAGAGCUUGCCAAGCUGAGAGAGGACUGUGCCAGACUGACCAAGGAGCUGGGGGAAAGGAGUGAGAGCCUUCAAGCUGAUGAGAAGGUCAAGAGAGGGCUGGAGACUAAGGUGUCUUCUGUAGAGAAACAACUUACUCUACUGCAGGCCAGCCGUGUAGAGAGUGAGCAGGUGCUGCAGAGGAGGUUGGAGGAGGUUAGUGAAGAGUUGAGGAGUUCACAGAGCACCCUGGAGAAAGCCCAGCAGGACGCUACCUCCCUCUCAGACAUCCAGGUCCAUCUGGGCAGGAUGGAGGCUGAUCUGAAAGAGCGUAGUGCCCAGGUGGAGGCCCUAACAGCCCAGCUGGAGCAGACCGAGCUGGAGAAGGGACAACUGGAGGAUCAGGUAGAAUCCAUCAACGUACUGCUGGAGGCCAGCCACAACAGAGACGUGGACGAGGACACGGAGAUGUGGAGUUGGUCUUUUCUCAACAACACCAAUCAUUUAUCUUCCAGUCUUCAGGACAGAGACAGUCAGUUGGCAUCACUCCAACAGGAGCUGAAACAGCUCCAAGAAAUGAAACAGGAGGCUUCUGCAGUUGCUACAGCUGAGACCGAGCGCCCACCUAACAGUGAGGAAGCAAGCCUGGUGACAUCACUUCAGGAAGAACUGAAGCAGCUUAAAGAAGAGAUGGAGCAACUUAAAAACUCUCCCGCUGAUGUCACUGGAGAGACGGAACAGCUACUCAACAGAAUGAAGGAGAGAACGAGCCAGGAAGUGAAGCAACUCAAAGAAACAUCAGAGCAGGCCCAGAGCAGCACUGCUCAGUCCGACAACACCGCAGAAUUGGCGGUGCUACAAACCAGGUUGUUUAUUAGUCUGGCAGAGAGGGACGCUAUGAUGGCAUCACUACAGGUGGAGCUAAGGGAAGCCAGGGACCAAUCGCAGAAGGUACAGGAGACCCUCGCUCAGGUCCAGCAGAGCCAGGAAUCAGAGCCUAGCACAGAGCUGCCGGAGCUGUUGGAGAAACUUAAGGAAGCAGAGGACAGCCACGGGAUACUGCAGGCAGAGUGUGACCAGUACAGAACAGUCCUGGCUGAAACAGAAGGAAUGCUGAAGUGCCUUCAGAAGAGCGUAGAGGAGGAGGAGCUGGUGUGGAAAUCCAAGAUUGCUGACUCUGAGGACCAGUUGAAGAAGGCCCUGGAACAAGUGCACACUCUGAAGGAGACUGCAGAGAGCUUGAAGGCAGAGAACCAAAGCAUAGAACAGCUGAAGGAGCAGUUGAUGCUGUUGGAAGCCCAGUUGGAGAAACAGUCCGAGACCACCCCGACAGAGGAGGAAAUGGCACCGGUCAGAGGUCAGCUGAGCGAGGUGAUGAUGUGUGCUCGGAGCCAGGAGGUAGUCCCUGAAACCAGGGCACAGAACAGCCAAUCAGAGCCUGAGCUCAAGGUCCAGUCCCAGUUGAAUCAGACCACAGAGGAGUUUGAACAGGCUCAGAAGACGGUUGCAGAGCUCCAGGCUCAGCUGGACCUGCUGAAAGAGGCAGGAGACUCCCCACAGGCUGACACAGAGGACGUAGCCCAGCUAAAGGAGCGCCUGCAGAAAGAGAGAAAACUAAUCAAAGAUCUUGGCCAAGCAGCCACCAAACUCCAGCAGCUCUUAAAGUCCACUCAGGAGCAGCUUGCCAAAGAGAGGAACAAACACCGCACACUACAGGACCACUCUGAUGAGACCAAGAGCACAGUGCUGAAGGAAGGAACAUCUGUUUAAGAGACUGAAGACAAGACAUUAAAACAUUCCAAAAAGGCCUUCAUAUGAUUACUAUUACCAUAGUUAUGCAUUCCAAAACCAUUCUUAUUUCUUUGUACUGUAGUAGUUGAUUUCUGCAACUCCUGUAAGAAUCAAAGGACCAGUUUCCCAGACACAGAUGCAUGGUCAAUGGAGAAUCUCCAUUUAAAAUAACCUUUUAGUCCAGGACUAGGUUUAAUCUGUGUCUGUGAAACCGGACCAAAAUGUUUAGCUAUUGCUAUGAACAUUUCAUUGUAUGAUCUCUGAUGAGGAAAAAAAGACUAUGCUGCAAACAAAACUUUGUUGAAGAAAAAGCUCCAUUCCAUCAAUAAUUCUGGCUAUGUCAGAAGUUAUAGCUAAUACUAGCUUUGGUCCAGGGCAUUAGUGCAAGUUCCUUCACUACGCCCUGUAUCGCUAUCGAUUAACGCCCUGGACCAGAGUUAACCUAUUACCUACUCUGCCUUAUAUUCACAAUGACCCCCCCCAAACCAGAGUCCAGUGUUAAAAGGGAAAACAAUUGUGCGUUAACGCGUACAUCGACCUGUGCAAUUACUUUGUUUGUAUCCAAAAUGGCACCCUAUUCCCUAUAUAGCACACUACUUUAGACUAGGGCCCUCGACGAAACGCAAUGGGCCCUUGGUCAAAAGAAGUUAACUAUAUAGGGAAUAAAUAUGGUGCCACUUUCGGACACUCCUUUUGUGUGUGUCUUUUCUAAGAGGUUGGUUGAAUGGUGGGUAGAUUUUAUGGUACACAAUGGAUGGGUGAAUGCAAUACAGUGAGUGCCUCCUUCAGUACUGUGUGCGCAGUAGCUGGCUGCCAACACACAUGAAUGACUUUGAUAAAGAAUAAACUACAAUGUAGCUAUG